UGCCUCUCUGUCCCGGAGCUGGGGAGCCUGCACGAGGUGCUGGUGCGCCCCGAGCACCUGGCCCUGGCGGACGAGUGCAAGGAGGUGGAAGAGGAGCGCCUGGCGCUGGCCCCGCCACUGGAGCAAGCUCUCCGACAGUUUAACCAGUCUGUAAGCAAUGAGCUGAAUAUCGGUGUAGGUACUUCCUUCUGUUUCUGUGCUGAUGGACAGCUUCACAUCAGACAGGUUCUGCAACCUGAAGCUUCCAAAAAGAAUAUCUUACUGCCUGAAUGCUUCUACUCUUUUUUCGAUUUGAGGAAGGAGUUCAAGAAGUGUUGUCCUGGCUCACCUGACAUUAGCAAACUGGAUGUUGCAGUCAUGACGGAAUAUUUAAAUCUUGACAAGAGGAAUCCAACAUUUCACUAUGGAGCUUCUCAGGUUGAAGAUAUGGGCAAUAUUAUUUUAACAUUAAUUUCGGAACCAUACAAUCACAGAUUUUCAGAUCCAGAAAGGGUGAACUACAAAUUUGAGAGUGGUCCCUGCAGCAAGAUGGACCUCAUUGAUGAUAAUGCUGUAAUCCGAGCAAGAGGCUUACCAUGGCAGUCAUCUGACCAGGACAUUGCAAGAUUCUUCAAAGGCCUAAAUAUUGCCAAGGGAGGUGCUGCCCUCUGCCUCAAUUCCCAAGGUAGGAGGAAUGGGGAAGCACUUGUCAGGUUUGUGAGUGAAGAACACAGAGAUCUAGCACUACAAAGACACAAGCACCAUAUGGGGAAUAGGUACAUAGAGGUAUACAAAGCAACAGGUGAAGAUUUCCUUAAAAUUGCAGGAGGCACUUCCAAUGAAGUAGCUCAGUUUCUAUCCAAAGAAAACCAAGUGAUUGUCCGGAUGCGAGGUCUUCCUUUCAAUGCAACGACAGAAGAAGUGCUAACUUUUUUUGGCCAGCACUGCCCUGUAACAGGGGGAAAAGAAGGAAUCCUUUUUGUCACAUACCCUGACAACAGGCCAACAGGUGAUGCCUUUGUGUUGUUUGCUUGUGAGGAAUAUGCACAAAAUGCACUAAAAAAGCAUAAGGACUUGCUGGGGAAAAGAUACAUUGAACUCUUCAGAAGCACAGCAGCAGAAUUUCAGCAGGUGCUGAACAGGUACUCUUCUACGCCUCUUGUCCCCCUCCCUUCACCAUCAAUCCUUCCUGUAUUACCUCAGCAAUUUGUGCCUCCUACCAAUGUCAGAGACUGCAUACGUUUGCGUGGUCUACCCUAUGCUGCCACUAUAGAGGACAUCUUGGAAUUCCUGGGAGAAUUCUCUACGGAUAUCCGAACUCAUGGAGUUCACAUGGUCUUAAAUCACCAGGGACGUCCAUCAGGGGAUGCUUUUAUCCAGAUGAAAUCUGCAGACCGAGCUUUUCUGGCUGCACAGAAGUGCCAUAAGAAGACAAUGAAGGACAGAUAUGUUGAAGUCUUUCAGUGUUCUGCUGAGGAAAUGAACUUUGUAUUAAUGGGGGGCACUUUAAAUCGAAAUGGCUUGUCCCCACCACCAUGCCUCUCUCCUCCUUCCUACUCGUUGCCAGCUUCUGCAGCAGUUAUUCCAACAGAAGCUGCCCUUUAUCAACCUUCUGUACUUCUGAAUCCACGAACACUCCAGCCCUCAACAGCAUACUAUCCAGCUGGCACUCAACUCUUCAUGAACUACACAGCAUAUUAUCCCAGUAUGCAGAGGAUGGACUUAUACACACAAAUGACCCGGCCAGGACAAUGCCCAAAAAAUGGAUUUGCGUUUAAAGGUCCCAGCAGUUAGAUUUCCUCGGAGAAGAUUCUGCCAACUGAUGUUUAUGAACAACAGAAGCCAGCCAAAAUGGAGAUUUGACUACAUUCCCAGUUCUUCUAUUGGUCAAGCCAACUGUACACAAGAAAACUUUCCAGAAAUUUGAAAAUUAGCAUUUUGACCUUUAUCUAAUUUUUUAAAAACUAAUUAAUGCACAGUUUCCACAAACACAUGUAUACACAAACUGUCUUAGCCACUGAGCCAUUCACUAAGAGCACAAAUGCAGAGAUCACAAGUCCUGAUGGUUUUUUGUCAAUACAGAAAGUAUUACAUUUCUCUUAACACAGAGAAAUAGGUUAGAUGAAACUUGCAGGUUCAGGACAUCUGAAGCAAAAAACAAUUCAUAAAUAAAGGAAAUGCGCAACAGUCUUUUUUUAUCAGAUUUGCACAUGGUUUAAAGCUUUUAAAAAUAUGUAUAAUUUUAGGACCUUUAAUUGUGAAUUCAAUUUUUAUAAAACAUUGUUUUCUUGUCUUGUACAUAUUUGUCUGAUUGUAUACUUUGACAUAUUCUAACCAGAGAUAAUUUACACAGUGCAGAAAUGGUUAGGAAUGUAAAAUGAAUUACCUGAAAACCUAUUGUAACUUUGUAAAAUAUAUAAAGA